UUAUGCCUGUGUUGUUUAAAGGCACGUUCCAGACUAAAGGACAUGAAAAGUGAAUGGGAAAGUGAUAUUUCUAAGUGAAAUACUAGUUCUAUUCCAAUAUGCUCUUGAGAAAGAAAUGGGUAACAAGAAUUCUGCAGGGAGGUCUGCUGCUGAUACUGGUUGUGACUGCGAUAGUUAACAUUUCAUUUAUAAAGCAGACCCAUCAGAGAAACCUUGAUCAAGCCGAAAAGAGAUCCAAGAAAAGAGAAACCCCAGCCGUCUCCGAGAAAAAAGACGAAGAGAACCCCCCCACAGAGAUAUCACUCGGUGUAACGUCAAGCAAGUCCCUGGUGUUAGUAACAAUCAAUGGAAACACGGUUUACCAGGAUGACGACUUCGAUGUCCACAGGGGAAUCCAUUUAUUGGUCCUAAAUCAAGCAACAGGCCAUGUAAUGGCAAAACAGGUGUUUGAUACGUACAGCGCAGGAGAAGACCAAGCCAUGUUAGACUUCAUUGACCGCAUCUCUAAAAAUAGAAUCUUAGUCUUCACCAUUAAAGAUGAGGGGUCAUUUCAGCUAAAACCUGAAGCCCGGGCAGUCCUGGGCAAGAUGGGCAGUGUGACAGUAGAGAAGCUAACCUUUAGGGACAUGUGGAUAUUUAUCUGCUUCAAAGGAGGUAAGGUCAUCAGUGAGCGCCACAACAAGGCUGCAAGUAUGGGAAGCUGGGGAGAUCGAAUUACUGUCACGGAGGUCGUUAAACUGGUUCCAGUACAAGAUUCUAAUUGUCCGUGGACAAAGACUGAGCCUAAGAGACAGGCAUUUUGUGAGAAGAUGGAGGGGUAUGGUAAGGUUUGUGACUGCCAAAAUCCUGACCCAAUCACAUUCCAUCCAUCAAAGUUGGACAAGGAUAAUUUGGAGAAUGUGGCCAUAACAGUGAUAGCUAGCAACAGACCCCAGUAUAUGUACAGAAUGCUUAUCAGGCUUUUGUCCACAGCUGGAGUAAAGCCAGAAAUGAUCACUGUUUUUAUUGAUGGAUUUUUCGAGGAGCCUCUUGAGGUGACGAGACUCCUAGGAUUGAGGGGGAUUCAGCACACGCCGCUGGGGAAGAAGAAUGCGAGGGUCAGUCAACACUAUAAGGCCAGUCUGACCUCUACGUUUGACCUUCAUCCAUCAGCUCUGUACACAAUAGUUAUAGAAGAGGACCUUGAUGUAUCACCUGAUUUCUUUAAUUAUUUUAGUCAGACAAUCCAUCUAAUGGAGAAAGAUGACACUCUAUACUGCAUCUCAGCAUGGAAUGACCAGGGAUACUCCCAUUCUUGUAAAGAGCCCAGCCUUCUCUACAGGGUGGAGACGAUGCCUGGUCUGGGGUGGCUACUCAAGAAAAAACUGUUCAAAACAGAACUGGAGAAACAAUGGCCAUCCCCCGAUAAACAGUGGGAUUGGGACAUGUGGAUGAGGCUGCCUACCAUGAGGAAGGGCAGAGAGUGCAUCAUCCCGGACAUUUCACGGACAUAUCACUUUGGGUCCAAAGGACUCAACAUGAAUCCUUAUUUCCAGGAAGUUUACUUCAAGAAGCAUUCCAUUCUGAAUGAGUCCAAUGUCAUUCUGAAAGAUUUAGACAGGAUGACAUCAGAGAAAUAUGAGGAGUUGAUUAAUGAGAUUCUGAAGACAGCCAAAGUGGUAGACCACACCAAAGACCCUUGUGAUAGUAGCCUCAUUCCAAAAAAUCAGGACACCGUCCAUGUGUUAUAUAUACAGAUGCAGCAUCCCACAGACUUCACUACGUGGAAACAACUUGCCAAGUGUUACCACCUUUGGGAUCUUGAUGUUCGAGGGCUUCAUAAGAGCAUGUGGCGACUUUACCUCAAUGGUACACCAGUCAUGUUGGUAGGAGUACCUCAUUCUCCAUAUCAUACACAUAAACCCAGCAACGUGACACCAUUUGUCCUUCAGGAACCGUCAAAGAAGCCAUGAUGGUAAUAUCUAGAACUCGGUUCUUCCACAGUCUACAAAUCACCAUACCGGUGGAAGGAAGAAUUUUGUAGCUUGUGUAACCAUAUUGUGUGUAGCCAUGUCGAUAUCAAGCACAACUCUACACAGAUGUCCUAAAAUAUGUAGAUGAUGGCGACGUGCUGCCAUGCCUCUCUUUGUGGAGGCUUUAGUUUGUCAUAUAUUUGAUUAAUCCUUGUGGUAUUAAUUGAUUAUUUUACACUAGUAAUUAUUAGUGUUACAAGAAUUUUGCCUUAUUUACACGUAUUUUACACUAGUUAUUAUUAGUGUUACAAGAAUUCUGCCUUAUUCAUUUUACACUAGUAAUUAUUAGUGUUACAAGAAUUCUGCCUUGUUUUGUGCUAUAAUGUACUAGGCCACUUCUGUUGAGGCUUUAUUAUUUAUUUUGAAUGCUCUUUAGGGGCAUUAAAUAAUAUUAUACAGUGUACAUUUCUUUUUUUAACACUGAACUAUAAGUGUUGUAGAUUUUGCAUCUUAUUUUUAAGAUGACAGUUUUAAGAGAAAUCUGUGUAACAAAUAUUUUUUUAUGCAUUUGCUUUAUUUAGGUAAUGAAACCUGUAAAGCCUGAAAAACCCUUAUCUUUAUUAUCAAUUGUUAUAUCAGAGUUGUUGAUUUGCAGGUGGAAUUUGCCUGAAAAUUAUUAAACUGCAGGUAAAAUUUACUAGUAGUUUGUACGUUUGAAGUUCAUAGCGUAUUGCGUGCUUGAAUUGUUAUGCAAUAUUUUGAAUUGAACUGAUUAAUUUUUGAUACAGAUUUGUGAAGAGAUUGAAUAAUCUCAUGUGUUUAAAUCUCAACUAAGAAGCAGAUAUUCUAGUCAGAAAUCUUUUAUAUUUAUUAUGUUUAUUUUUUGUUAAAUCGUUGUUCUAUACUUUCCAAUAAUGUUACCUAAGUGUCACCCCCUCGGCAUGAAAUGCUGUUUUUUUUCUGCGUACACCUGUAUUUUACACCUGUUGGUUCUCCUGAUAUGUAUAUUACUGCUGUUAUUUUUGAGUCAUAACACAGGUUGUGAGUUAACAUGUUAAUCUAUGCAAUUUAUUUUGAAACUGUUAAUUUUUGAGAGAGAGAUAUUUUGUUACAUUGUAUAUUUUCCUAAGAAUAUUUUUUUAUCUCAUUUUUUGUUCUCAUUAUAUUCAACUUUUUCCUUUUUGAAAUUCAAUAUAAAUGACUCUUCCUCUUCUGUUCAAUAAAUUGAUGAAGACAAUAAUUACACUGGUGAAAUGGCUAAUUCAUUUCCACACUGACCACCAUUUGCUCACAAAAAUAAUUGAAUUAUGUUUUAUCAAAGAUAGUGCUCAAAUGUCAACUUCAGUAUAUUUUUGGUGCAAUAGUUUUACCCUUUAAUUGCUCCUGAGUUGAUGAUUUAGUCAUCUAUGUUGCCUUGUGAUUCAGUAUUAUGAAAAUCUUGAAUGUGUUAGUCUUUGCAAUAAUACACUUAACAUAUUUUUACCUCAUUUGUUUAUUCAACAAUCAACAAACUCAGAAAGGUACAGACCAAAAACUUGCACAAAAAUCAAAUUAGUUUCAGGUCCAUUGUCUUAUUAUAUUUUAAGUUGAUUUUACAAUAAUUUAAGUACUUAGUAACUGUGUUCAACAUUUAAUACUUCAACUUUUCCUGAAAAAGGAAUUUUUUCGUUAAUAAUCUAGUCUUAGCUGUAAA